AUGGCUGAUCCGCUCUCGAUCGCAUCUGGUGUUGCCGGGUUCCUGUCAUUGGGCAUCGAGGUUACCAAAUCUCUAGUCGAGUUUUACUCCUCAUACAAGGGUCAGACUGCUGCUCUGGCCAAGAUCACGCUGAAUCUUGAGAAUCUUCUCGGCAUCCUCCGGUCCCUUGAUGAUGCACUACAAAAUCGCCAACCUCAGACGGAUGCCCUAGUCCAAGAGAUCGAAAAGGUGGCAAACGGAUGCCGUGAGAUCAUCGAGGAACUGAGGGACGAGUGCCAAAAAUUUCAAGAACAUACCACUCCAAGUCUGAAGGCCCGAAUACAAUUGGUGGGGCGCCGGGCGACUUAUCCAUUUAGGGAAAGCACCCUAAAAAAGCUUGAAGAGGAUAUUGGCGAGAUACGGGAAAACUUGUCUCUUGCAUUAAAUGUGCUACAGCUUCGAAACCAGACCGGGCUUGAAGAUGGGAUGUCCGAGCUCAAAAUACUCGCCAAACAGACAAAUACGAUGCACAUCUCUGCUAUGAUUCGGGGUUGGCUUAUGGCCCCAGAUGCGACCUUGAAUCAUAAUGCCGCAUGCGAGAAACGCCAUAAGACUACAGGACUAUGGCUCAUCAAUGGCCAGAAAUUUCAGAACUGGCUGGUUGAGCGCAAUUCAUUUCUCUGGAUCAAUGGCUUCGCCGGAUGUGGCAAGUCAGUCCUAUGCUCGACGGCAAUUGAACGUACAUUCCGUGAGAGGCAACAUCAGCCCAGUGUAGGAAUCGGAUUUUUCUACUUCUCCUUUACCGACGAGGGCAAGAAAGAUUCUUCCGGCAUGCUGCGUGCAUUGUUAUUGCAGCUGUCGGCUCAACUUGAAGGGGGCGAAAAGGAUCUACAAGAACUGCAUAUGUUGUAUAAGUCGGGUACUCCGCCAGUGGACAUCCUACUUAACUCCCUUCGACAGACCAUCUGCAAGUUUAGUGACACCUACAUUUUGUUGGACGCCUUAGAUGAGAGCCCCCGAUACGAUAAAAGGGAGGGCGUUUUAGGCGCUAUAAAGAAGAUGCGGCAGUGGGACCUGCCCACUCUCCACCUCCUAGUGACCAGCCGCAACGAAAUUGACAUCCGUCAUUCUCUGGAAACCCCCUUCGGACAGGAUAUCUCAAUGAAGAAUCCGGACACGGAUAUAGACAUCGAAAACUUCAUUUCCUACCAGCUCAGUAAUGACCCCAAGUUUCAAAAAUGGAAAUCACGCCAUGAAGAGAUUCAAGAAAGACUGACGAGUAAGGCGCAGGGAGUAUUCAGAUAUGUCGAAUGUCAACUCCUCGCGCUCAAGCGUGUCCGAAUCCGAAAUCAGCUCGACAAAUGUUUACGUUCUUUGCCUCGCGAUCUGGAUGAGACAUAUGAGCGAAUGCUGUGUAGCAUCGAUGAUGAAGACAUUGAAGAAGCACGGCUGGUAUUAACUUUACUUUGUGUGUCUAAUCGGCCACUCACUGUGAAGGAACUCACCGGCGCCCUUGCUAUUGAUGUUAAAGCCAGCGAGUGGCAAUUAGACCGUGAGGGUCGAUCAUUUAGCCAAGAUGAUAUUGUCGACAUUUGUCUUGGUCUCAUAGAGAUCGCAAUGAUUGAAGAUGAGGAUUCUGGAGAAGCGACUGCGAUUGCCCGUAUAGCGCAUUUCUCUGUACAGGAGUAUCUUGAAUCAGAUCGGAUAUCUCAACAGGGUGCAGCAAGAUUCACCAUUCAAAAAGAACCAGCUCACACAGAGAUGGCUCAAAUUUGCCUUUUUUAUCUCCUAGAGCCAACGCUUUCGAGUGGAAAGUUGGAUGAGGCCAAGCUGGAAAUGUUCCCUUUGACUCGCUUUGCCGCUGCCGAAUGGCUUUAUUUUUACAAUAAUUCUGGGAAAGGGAGGUCCGACAUUGAAGCCUCAAUUUUGAGGCUAUUUAAGGAUCAUGCAGGGCCAUUUGUGACAUGGAUACGGCUCCACAACAGGGAUUCUGUAGGGUGGCGCCAAAUUGCCGACUUUGGGCGUGCUAUCGAAGAUAUUCCGUUGCCUUUAUAUUACGCCGCUCUUUUAGGGCUGGAGGACAUAUUGAGUGCGCUUUUAGCUAACGGGGGGCAGAAGACCGCAACACAUGCCGCCUUAAAUAACCAAGCUGGAUUUUUUGGUAACGCGCUCCAGGCCGCCGCACAAGGAGGUUAUGAGAACAUAGUACAAACUCUACUCGAUCAAGGCGCCGACAUCCAUGCUCAAGGGGGUGAAUUUGGCAACGCGCUCCAGGCUGCCGCACAGGGAGGCCAUGAGAACAUAGUACAAACUCUACUCGAUCAAGGCGCCGACAUCUAUACUCAAGGGGGUGAAUUUAGUAACGCGCUCCAGGCUGCCGCACAGGGAGGCUAUAAGAACAUAGUACAAACUCUACUCGAUCAAGGUGCCGACAUCUAUGCUCAAGGGGGUACAUUUGGCAACGCGCUCCAGGCUGCCGCACAGGGAGGCCAUGAGAACAUAGUACAAACUCUACUCGAUCAAGGCGCCGAUAUCAAUACUCAAGGGGGUGAAUUUAGUAACGCGCUCCAGGCUGCCGCACAGGGAGGCUAUAAGAACAUAGUACAAACUCUACUCGAUCAAGGUGCCGACAUCUAUGCUCAAGGGGGUACAUUUGGCAACGCGCUCCAGGCUGCCGCACAGGGAGGCCAUGAGAACAUAGUACAAACUCUACUCGAUCAAGGCGCCGAUAUCAAUGCUCAGGGGGGUAUAUAUAGCAACGCGCUCCAAGCCGCUGUAUGGGGAGGCUAUGAGAAGGUAGUACAAACUCUACUCGAUCAAGGCGCCGACAUCCAUGCUCAAGGGGGUAGAUUUGGAAACGCGCUCCAGGCCGCCACACUGAGCGGCCAUGAGAACCUAGUACAAACUCUACUCGAUCAAGGCGCCGAUAUCAAUGCUCAAAGGAGUGAAUUUGGCAACGCGCUCCAGGCCGCCGUAUGGGGAGGCCAUGAGAACAUAGUACAAACUCUACUCGAUCAAGGCGCCGAUAUCAAUGCUCAAGGGGGUAGAUUUGGCAACGCGCUCCAGGCCGCCGCAUGGGGAGGCCAUGAGAACAUAGUACAAACUCUACUCGAUCAAGGCGCCGACAUCAAUGCCCAAGGGGGUAGAUAUGGUAACGCUCUCCACGCUGCAUCAUCCGAGUUAUCUAGGACAGCGAACCAGGACGAAUCACACGAGAAGGGGGUAUAUGAGAAGGUAGUGCAGAUCCUGCUAGACCAUGGCGCCGAUGCCAAUGCUUCUGGGCCCCUUGGCAACGCGCUCUAG